AUGUCUUACGAUAAACAGCCACCACCAUAUCCACCUUAUGGAGGUCCAUCUUAUCCACCUUACGCAGGUCCGUCUCAUCCACCUUACGCAGGUCAGUCUUAUCCAGCUUAUGGAGCUCCGGCUUAUUCAACUCCUGUUGCUGUUGCUAAUCCUUUUGUGGGACAAGCAGGACCUAAUGUCGGGAUUAUAAGAGAUUAUUUAGCUUGGUCUAUUAUAAAUUUGUGUUGUGGUUGGGGUUUUCUUGGAUUUAUACCAUUAGUGUUUUCAAUUCUAUGUCGAAACAGUAAAAGUGUGAAUAAUUAUAAUCAAGCACGAACAAUGAGUACAUGUGCAUUAGUAUCAAAUAUUAUAGUUACUAUAGGAGGAGUUAUUGGAUGGAUUACAUUUAUUAUUUUUAUGGGACUUUACAUAGGUGCUGCUUCUCAUUUCAGUUAUAAUUAA